AUGGUGCUGAGAUGCAUCACCCGAAAGCACUAUGGCCUGGUAGCUAGCAGGUACAUAUCCCAGAACGCCGCCACCACCAGACACAUCACAACUUCAUCCCACCUCAAUGCAGCUCCGACAGCCGGCCAUGAGGCGGCGAAGACUGCCACUGCCACCGCGAUCUCCAAGACGCGAAAUAUAGGCAUCAUAGCCCACAUUGACGCCGGCAAAACGACAACCACAGAGCGCAUGCUCUACUACAGCGGCUACUCCAGACGAAUUGGCGAUGUAGACGAAGGCAGCACAGUCACCGACUUCCUUCCCGCCGAGCGCGCACGAGGAAUAACCAUCCAAUCAGCCGCCAUCUCCUUCACCUGGCCUCCCUCGGGGGCAAACCCCUGGCUUCCGAAGGAACGUACCGAUCCCAAAGCUUUGUCUGCAACACCAUGUAACAUCAACUUGAUAGAUACCCCGGGCCACGCAGAUUUCACCUUCGAAGUCCUCCGCUCCCUGAGGGUUUUGGACGGCGCAGUAUGUAUUCUAGACGGUGUAGCGGGUGUAGAGGCCCAGACAGAGAAGGUGUGGCUGCAGGCGCAGAAGUAUCAGAUCCCGAGGAUCGUGUUUGUGAAUAAGCUUGAUCGGGAGGGUGCGGCUUUUGGCCGGACGGUGAGGGAGGUGGGGGCGAGGUUGGGGGUUUGGCCGGCUGUUUGUGGGGUUCCUUGGUGGAGUGAAGUGGGGAGGUUGAGAGGGGUGGGAGAUGUGGUUGGGUUGAGGGGGUUGGGGUAUGCGGAGGGUGGAGAUGGGAAGGAGGUUGAUGUACUUUGUUUGCAGCAGCUUGAGAUGGAGGAUGCUGGGUUAGCAGCAGAGUUGAAGAAGGCGAGGAUUGCGUUGGUCGAGCUGUUGUCUGAGCACGACGAUGUUAUGGUUGAGAAGUUCCUCGAGGCGCAUGAAGAUCAUUUGGCUAUCUCUGCUGCUGAAAUCACCGCGAGCCUGAGACGCUGCGUAGUGAACCAGCACCCCCAACGCGUAGUACCGGUCUUCGCGGGCGCCAGCUUCCGCAACACAGGCGUACAACCACUCCUAGACGCCGUAGUCGACCUCCUCCCCAACCCAGAAGAACGACCAGACCCCGAAAUCAAGCUAGGCCCGGAGACUCGAGGUGGUCUAGCCGCCUUCCUAUCAGGCAAGCUCGACACAGUAAUCACAACAGAGCAGACCAAGCCCUCCUCGAAAGCCAUAAGCAAGGACAAAGCAAACCUGGCCCUGCAAAACCUGGAAGCCUGCGCCCUAGCCUUCAAAGUCGUCUCCGACCCUCGUCGCGGCGUCCUAGUCUACAUCCGCGUCUACUCCGGCACUCUUGCCCGCAACGCUCCGCUCUGGAACACCAUCCUCCAGAAUACCGAGCGUGCGCAACGCUUACUCAAAAUGUACGCCAACGAUGCCGUUGACGUAGAAAAUAUCCCCGCUGGUCAGAUAGGUGUCAUUCCCGGUCUGAAGUUCGCGCGGACGGGGGAUACGCUUGUUUCGUAUACGGGCGCGCAUCCUAAGAAUGGCCCGCCGGCGCCGGUUAAUCGGAUGCAGUUACGGCCUAUCAACGUUCCGCCUCCGGUGUUCUUUGUUAGUGUUGAGCCUAGUUCUUUGGCCGAGGAGAAGAAUCUUCGGGAGGCGCUGGAGUUGUUGUUGAGGGAGGACCCGAGUCUGCACGUUUCGGUAGACGAGGAGUCAGGGCAGACGCAUUUGGCGGGGAUGGGAGAACUGCAUUUGGAGAUUGCAAGGGAUAGGCUUGUGGGGGAUUUGAAAGCCAAGGUGAGGAUCGGUGGGAUCGAGAUUGGGUAUCGGGAGUCUGUUACUGUCCCUAGUGGUGAGGUUACGGAGGUGUUUGAGAGGGAUGUUGGGGGCAGGUGGUCGAAGGCUGCUGCUACGGCUUCUGUGGAGCCUGCGGUUGAAGAUGGGAUGUCGGAAGCAGUGGGGAAGCAGAGGCAUGUUUUCGAGCUGGCGGAUAGGAAUCGCCUUGUCAUUACUACCCCGACACUUAAUGCCGACGGCACUUCAACCAGCGAAGACCAUCCGAGUCUUCCUGAAGAUCUGCCCUUGAACACAGUCCUCCACCACGCCCUACAGACCGGAACCUCAGCUGCCUGUGCCCGGGGCCCAGUACACAAUUACCCAGUCCACUCAACCCAGAUCAACCUUACCUUCAACCCAGCAGAACACAUUUUCCCCAGCACGACUCCAGCAGCGCUCUCCUCCGCUACUCGGCUAGCAGUGCAGUCAGCACUAAGGAGUAGCGCCAAGAUAAACGAGACGGUGAUGAUGGAGCCUGUUAUGAUGGUCACAAUAUCAGUUAAUGAGGAGAGUCUGGGGAGCGUUGUUCAUGAUAUCUCCUCCGCCCGAGGCGGGAGCGUCAUUUCCCUCAGCUCCGAAGAUUCUAGCGACACUGCUGCAACCUCCACUUCCUCGAUUGCGAGGAUCGAUAUCGACCCCUCGAAAAUCUACGCCCCUCCGGACCCGUUCGCUGGCGGCCACGCAACAUCUACUUCUUCUUCCUCGAACUCCGUACUGCUAGGAAACGCGAAUGGGACAAGGCAGAUAGUCGCACGUGUCCCGCUUAAAGAGAUGGUGGGCUAUUUGCGGCAUUUGAGGAGUUUGACCGGCGGGAGGGGGACGUUUACGAUGGUUGUUGAUCGGUUUGAGCGAAUGAGUGGGCAGAGGCAGAGGGCUGUGCUGCAGAGGCUGGGGGGGGAUUAUGGGUAG